AUGGGGGAGGAGAGCGUGUGGGCCCUGGCAGGCCCCGAGCAUUUCAGGACUCAGCCAACAGGUCCCGGCUUCGCCCCCACACCUGGAGUGUUGGCAGAAGCAGCAGCAAAGCAUUUGGCAUGGAUAUCUCACACCACUUUGCUGGUACAGCCUACCAAGAAGCCAGAAGGCAGAACUUAUGCUGACUAUGAAUCUGUGAAUGAAUAUAUGGAAGGUGUUUGUAAAGAACAUCUGAUGAGAAUGAAUCCCAACAGCCCCUCCAGCAUGUAUGAUAUCAGACAGUUGUUUGAUUUUAUCGAUGAUCUGGCAAAUCUCAGCUGCCUUGUUUACCGAGCUGAUACCCAGACAUACCAGCCUUAUAACAAAUACUGGAUCAAAGAAAAGAUCUACAUGCUCCUUCAUUGGCAGGCCCAACAGGCUGGGAAAUAA